AUGGGUGAGAUCUACUCGCCGUCGCAGUCGAAAGGCUUCAAUCAGCCGUAUGGAUAUCCGAUGAAUUGCAAUCUGAGUCGGGUGUUCAUGGAAAUGACGGAAGAGGAUCGCAAAUGUCUCGAGGAGCGCAAAUAUUGGUGUUUUUUGCUGAGCAGCAUCACAACAUUUUGCGCGUCGAUGAUAUUGGUGGUCAUUUGGCGCGUCGUGACCCAUUUGUGCUGUCAGCGGCGUGAGCGCGAGUUCGUCGAGCCGCCGGUGCCGCACGAAGCCGUCCAGAUACAGAUGAACGGCGGCAAGCACGUCAUCGGCGAGACGGAUCCGUUUCUGAAGCAGCAAGAGGAGAAGCAUCUCGGCUGGAUGACUGAGGCGAAAGAUUGGGCCGGCGAAUUGAUAUCCGGUCAGAGUCUGACGGGACGAUUCCUCGUGCUCCUCGUGUUCAUUUUGUCCAUCGGAUCGCUCAUCAUCUAUUUCUAUGACGCCAGUUUUCAAAACUUCCAAGUGGAAACAUGCAUUCCAUGGCAGGACAGCCCAUCGCAACAAAUCGAUCUCGGCUUCAACAUAUUUUUCCUCGUCUAUUUUUUCAUUAGAUUUAUUGCGGCUUCCGACAAAGUGUGGUUCCUGCUUGAAAUGUACAGCUGGAUCGACUUUUUCACGAUUCCGCCUAGUUUCGUAGCGAUUUAUUUACAGCGCAAUUGGCUAGGUUUUCGAUUUUUGCGCGCUCUACGGCUAAUGACAGUGCCUGACAUUCUUCAAUACCUCAACAUUUUGAAAACGUCGAGCUCGAUUCGAUUAACUCAACUGGUGACAAUUUUCGUUGCCGUUUGUUUGACGGGAGCUGGAUUGGUGCAUUUACUUGAAAAUUCUGGAGAUUUCUUCAAGGGCUUCAUCAAUCCGCAUAGAAUUACGUAUGCCGAUUCAGUGUAUUUCGUAUUGGUAACCAUGUCGACUGUCGGCUAUGGUGAUAUCUAUUGUACAACACUCUGCGGACGACUUUUUAUGAUAUUCUUCAUUCUUUUCGGCCUCGCAAUGUUCGCCAGUUAUGUGCCGGAAAUCGCCGAUCUUAUUGGUAAUCGGCAAAAGUACGGAGGCGAGUAUAAAGGCGAACACGGAAAAAAACACAUUGUCGUUUGUGGGCACAUCACGUAUGACUCGGUGUCGCAUUUCCUUCAAGAUUUUCUACACGAGGAUCGCGAUGAUGUCGAUGUUGAAGUCGUAUUCCUGCACAGGGUUGUUCCCGAUCUCGAGCUCGAAGGACUUUUUAAACGACACUUCACCAAAGUCGAAUUCUUCACUGGCACCGUCAUGGACUCGCUCGAUUUGAGUCGCGUCAAAAUCGCCGACGCUGACGCGUGUCUCGUGCUCGCCAACAAGUACAGCACGAAUCCAGACGCCGAAGACGCGGCAAACAUCAUGCGAGUCAUCUCCAUCAAAAAUUACUCGUCUGAUAUUCGUGUCAUUGUGCAAUUGAUGCAAUACCAUAAUAAGGCCUACCUUCUGAAUAUUCCAUCAUGGGAUUGGCGGCGCGGCGAUGAUGUGAUCUGCCUAGCCGAGCUCAAACUCGGCUUCAUCGCACAAUCAUGUUUGGCUCCCGGCUUCUCAACAAUGAUGGCCAAUCUGUUCGCGAUGCGCUCGUUCAAAACCUCGCCCCAUACACCAUCAUGGCUCAAUGAUUAUCUACGAGGCGCCGGAAUGGAAAUGUACACCGAACGAUUGAGUCCGUCACAAACGACGCCGGACUGGUUGAAUUUAUACCUUUGCGGCGCUGGUAUGGAAAUGUACACCGACACAUUAUCGCACUCGUUCGUCGGAAUGACGUUUCCCGAGGCGGUCGACCUUCUUUUCAAUCGACUCGGUCUUUUGCUGUUGGCGAUUGAAUUGAAAGAUGAGGAGAACAAGGAAUGCAAUAUCGCCAUCAAUCCGGGACCGAAUAUCGUUAUUCAGCCGCAAACACAAGGAUUCUUUAUUGCGCAAAGUGCGGAUGAAGUGAAACGAGCAUUUUUCUGGUGCAAACAAUGUCACGAUGAUAUCAAAGAUGUCUCAUUGAUCAAAAAAUGCAAAUGCAAAAAUCUGGCGCUUUUCCGGCGAAACACCAAACAUUCAUCGACAGCUCGAGCUCGAGCUUCUGAUGCCGUAACAACUCAAGCAUCGGCUCUUGGACCUCAGGUCCAAUUGAGAUUGAUCAAUCAGCAAAGUUCGACGAGUGAUACCCAUCUCAACACGAAAUCUCUCCGAUUUGCCUAUGAAAUCAAAAAGCUCAUGCCCUCGUCGGGCGGACGACGAAACUCGAUGAGCAUUCCGCCGGAUGGACGAGGCGUCGAUUUUAACAAGGAUUUCGAGCAACAGGUGGAUAUGAAAUAUGACAGUACCGGAAUGUUCCAUUGGUGUCCCAGCAGGAAUUUGGAAGACAGCGUGCUGGAACGCCAUCAAGCCGCGAUGACCGUGCUUAAUGGACAUGUCGUUGUCUGCCUAUUCGCCGACAGAGACUCACCGCUAAUCGGCCUUCGCAAUUUCAUAAUGCCACUGAGGUCUUCCAACUUCCACUAUCACGAACUCAAACAUGUUGUCAUUGUCGGCGAUUUGGAGUAUCUUCGCAAAGAAUGGAAGACGCUCUACAAUCUUCCAAAAAUCUCGAUUCUCAAUGGAUCGCCGUUGUCGCGAGCCGACUUGAGGGCCGUCAAUAUUAAUCUGUGCGAUAUGUGUGUUAUCAUUUCGGCACGAGUUCCCAACACUGAAGACACCACAUUAGCUGAUAAAGAAGCGAUUCUGGCGUCGUUGAAUAUCAAAGCGAUGCAGUUUGACGACACGCUCGGCUUCUUUCCGAUGAGGCAUACUGGCGGUGAACGCAGUCCGCUUGGAAGUCCAAUUUCGAUGCAGAAAAAGGGUGCCAAAUUUGGCACGAAUGUUCCAAUGAUUACCGAACUUGUGAACGAUUCGAAUGUUCAGUUCUUGGAUCAGGAUGAUGAUGAUGAUCCUGAAACAGAGCUCUAUCUCACUCAACCGUUUGCAUGUGGUACUGCAUUUGCCAUAUCAGUAUUAGAUUCAUUGAUGAGCACGACAUACUUCAAUGAUUCUGCGCUGACGUUGAUUCGAACAUUGGUCACUGGCGGUGCUACGCCAGAGUUAGAACUCAUACUCGCGGAAGGCGCUGGCCUACGUGGUGGAUACAGUACGCCGGAAACACUUUCCAAUCGAGACCGAUGUCGAAUAGCGCAAAUUUCGCUGCAAGACUUGCCCUAUGAAGGAGUUGGACACAACACCACGUAUGGCGCAAUGUUCACCAUUGCUCUUCGCAAGUAUGGUCAGUUAUGCGUCGGUUUGUACCGAUUACACGAUCAAGACAAUCCGGAUUCGAUGAAACGAUAUGUCAUCACGAAUCCGCCCGCCGAGCUCAGAGUCCGACUCACUGAUUACGUGUACGUUCUCGAACAAUUCGAUCCGGGUCUUGAAUACGAGCCCGGAAAGCGGCAGUUUUAA